CCUCCCCUGUACCUACAUCUCUGAGACUCUAUCUAAAUGAAUUAACUGUAAUGUCUUCCCAUUUUCUACAGAUUGGUCCUUUAUCGUGUGUUUUAAGAUCUGGCAAACGAUGACGAGAACACCACUUCUCCUUCUGACAUUCCUCCAACUCUCCACCGCCUACCAUAUGGGAUUUUACAUUCCGUUAGUCUACGGCAGGGAGGACGACGCCACCUCAGGUCGAGCUUAUGCGCAUGCGCUGACCAUUGCGAUGGAUGACGUCAACAAUGAUCCCAGAAUCCUCCCUGGCCAUAACCUGACCUACAGUUGGACAAAUAGUACGGACAGUAGCGAAGUUGUACGAUCAAUGUAUCAGAAAUACAUUGCACCGCCGAAUGUAACUUGUGACGCACAGCCUACGCCAAAUACUCCUGUAGAUGUGUUUAUCGGCCCAGCGGAUAGUUGCACUGCCCCAGCUAAAGUUGCUCAGGCAUUCAACAUACCCAUGAUAUCUUAUGUAAGUAUAUUUAACUAAAUUUGUACUGAACGACUCUAUCAGGGUGGGUGGAAAGGGAGGGGGGUGGGGGCUAGUCAAUAACAUUUAUUGAUGUACACUAAGCCCUACGCGCGACCCCUGGGCUGGGCCGUCACACGCAUGACUGAUUUUAUGCAUAAUUGAUUUUUGUAAUUGCAAUUGUAAGAAUUUAUUGAUCAUCCCCAAAAGGGGCUUUUUAGAAUCAAUAGAAAAAGAACAAACAACGUAGCCCUAAAGAUUACAAAACUAGUUAAUUAAAAUUAUGACGUAGCUAAGAACUCUCUUAAUAAGAGUUCCUUCAGUUCAAUUUUAAAAUAGUUUUAAUAAUUACCCCCAGAAUACCCACGCAUGCAUAAAUUUUUCACAAAUUUUGCGUAAUUUGCAGUUUGGCGGAUAUUUUCGGACUGUACACGGGUUUUUUUAUACACCCUGUAGCUAUGUACUAUUUUAAAUACGAGCAGGAGUGCUCUAUCAGAUAUAAAAUACGAGAGCGCAGCUCGAGUGUUUGUUUCAUACAGUGGCGUAACGGAACCUUCUGAGCCCCCCCCCCGUCAAAUUUUUAAGUGUGGCCUUAUUUUUUCCCCAAAAACGUUGGCAAGGGGGGGGGAGAGAAAAACAUUUUCGAACUAUAUUCCUUAAAAAUAGGUGUUAAAAAAUUGAACUAAAAAUUGAAAAACUAUGACAAGUAAAACAAAGUCAAAUAAAGUUUUCCCUAUCCAUGUCUACGAAAAAAGGGAUCCAAAUUUCACAAUUUCACUGAUUCCUGCUUUUGGGGGCUACCCGUUGCAAAUUUUCUGACCCUCUCUAACUGAAGUUCGGGCCAAUUUGCCCAAUGUACUAGCAAACAUUUUAUGGUUAUUUUCUGCGGGCCUCUUCCUCGAGGGGGACCCUCCAGUUACGUCGCUGGUUUCGUAUCUGAUAACGCACGGACUGCGAGUGUUUUAAAUGGCUUUAAAAAUAAACGUUGUAUAUGCCGAGAAAAUCGAAGUACAGUUUAUGUAAGGGAGUGUUCAUUAUUUAUACCUGGGGUUGGUACCCAAGAGAAACUAAUCGAAAAGAGAAAAAAAAACAACCACCCACCCUUUCGGUCAACCAUUUUUUUCCCUACCCAACUAUUGCAUGACUUGGAUUUUUAUUUUACCCAACCCAAUUUCAAAAUUAUACAAGUAUUUUACAUAUAUACAUAUAUAUUAUAUUAUACAAGCUAGGCCACUAUAGUAUAAACAGUACUAUGCAUAUUUGGUGCAAUAACUGAAUGUGAAAUAUAAUCAUUUGUACCUUCACAAGUUCAUAUUAUGUUCCCAAGCCUCCAAGUUCCUGCAGUCCUACCAUAUCUCGUUGUUGUAAUCAGAGGGGAUGGGGAGGUGGAGUUUAGUUUUCUUUGUGGGGAAUGAAUGGAUAUUUCCUGGAAUGACCCAUUUUGUUAAAUAAAGGAUUUUCAUAUUUUGUUCAAUUGAAGGUUUGUAUUGGAAAUAAUUUACCCAACCCUUCAUACCCCAGAAAAGUGGCUUACCCAACCCAUUUCUCUUCGGUACCAACCCCGGGUAUCAACAAUGAACACUCCCUAAGUGAAUAUGAUUUUUUUCUCACCACCAGCACGGUAGUGAUUUCCUCUGUUUUUUCCUCAUGAAUUAUUAAUGAGGUUAUUAAAUUAAAAUAUCGUUUACCCAUCUAGCAUUGCUCGGAACGAGGCAACUUUACGAAAGACGAAUACCCACUUUUUGUUCAAACAUUUCAAAAUACCAACACGCAAGCGGCCACAGCUUUGUUUACUCUUUUGGAGAAACAAAAUUGGACAAGAAUCGGCGUGAUAUACGAAGAAGGCGGCCUAUUAUGGCAAGAUGUUAGGAGUGCAAUAUCGAAAAAAACCUCCCUGCAUAUCAUAGCCAGCGAGGAGGUACCGAAGCUGUUGAAAUUUCAACAAUUUGGAGAAAAUUUUCUACAAUAUCCAGAAUUGGUGCAAAGAAAUCGAUCGUUGGAGAAAGUGCGUGAAGUAUUGACUGUUAUGGCUGUGGAGAAACGGAUAAAAGGUAAGCUGGCUUGCUUGGAUAGCUGCCGACUGAGAGAGAUACAAGCGCACAAGUUGUCACAAGUCUGCAAACAAAUCUGUUCACAAGCUGUCGACAAGCUGUGUUCGCAUUGCUUGCCGGAACUUCCAAGUUGUCAACAAGGUUGAAACAAGCUGUUAACAACUUGUGACAACCUUGUUGAUAUUAUCAGACUUGUUGCAAGGUUGUUCUGACAAGUCUGAUACAGCCUUGAUAUAACAAUACUGUUACAAUCUUGUGUCGUCACCCUUGCAACAUGCUUGUUAUAUCAUGACUGUAUCAGAUUUGUCAGAACAACCUUGUAACAAGUCUGAUAAUCCCAUCAAGCGUUAACGCACAAGCUGUUACAAGUCUGCGAACAAAUCUGUUCACAAGCAGUCGACAAGUCAGGGUGUUAGCCAGAAGUAAAAACAAUCCGCGUUUACCUGAAAUUGGGAAAUUCAUUUUAGCCUGAAGCCGGGCAUUUCUUUGUGGGUCUGAGGGCAUGCGAUUGCCCUCUCGCGAUUUUUAAAAUUUUUGUGUCUUUGAAAUGGCAUUUCCCGCAUUUUGGGAGUAAUUUUGAGCAAACGUAGUUAUAAACAUGUUUUUAAUGGCGUAUUAACAACAUUAAAUUUGUAUAACUAUUUUUUGGCUGACCCAAAUUGGGAAAUUGCGACCUCAAGGUAAUCGGGAAAACCGCGUUUAACGCGGAAUUUUUGACUGUAGCUAACACCCUGCAAGUUGUGUUCGCAUAAGGUGAACUUGAAAGAUUUUUUCUGCAGUUUACUUGAGUGCAAGAAAAUUUUAAAAAAGUGUAUAUAUGUAGUCACUUGGAUUAUCCAUGUACUCCAAUAUUCAGUUUCAACCAAGUGAAGUGCAAAAAAAACUAUAUCAUAAUGACCUGACCCUAUAGUAUUUGUCUAUAGUAUUUGUCUUUUCUAUAGUAUUUGUCCUUCUCACAUCGUUCGACUUGGUGGUGGAAAUCAUGGCUCAAGCCUAUACUAUUGGUUUGACCGAGACGAACAGGCCACAUCGAGUAUUCGUUGGUUUCCAAUUAGACGCAAGCAAACGGCGAAAAAAUUACGUACGUCAAUCCGAGAUCUUCUUCAGUCCCUAUGCGUUCCCCCAAGUGGAUGUGAUGUAUCGCGCGAUGAAAGGAUCUAGGUCCUUGUUGAUUAUUUCUAAUGCCGAACCUGUGAACACUGAACGUUAUGAAACGUUUCGAGGGAAGCUAGUGAACCGAACUGAAUAUGAUCCACCGUUCAAUUCCACAACUGUCUAUGAUAGCAUCUCGGUAAGUAAGGGACCGGCAGUGCGCACCAGUCAUUAUUUAUGUAGGGGGGUGGCACCGAAGAGAAAAGGGUUGGGUAAACCAAAUUUUGAGUGAGUAAAAAGUUGGGUAAAUGAAAAACAAAACAGCUCAAGGGUUGGGUAAUAAAACUUUAUUGUCAUUCCCAAAGCAUGACUCACUCAAAUAUUGAAGACUACAUGUAACAAACAAUGUCAACAGUCAUAUGUCAAUACAAUAGGGGCUUCGGUGGCGAAGUGGUUGGCGCACUUGCCUUUCACCUCUGAGGCCGCAGGUUCAAGCCCCAGUGAGGACUUUCUCAAUGCGACUCGAAUCCAGUCCUCAUGUGAAAAGAGUAAAAGUCCACGCUCUGCCGAAAGUCGUGGGUUUUCUCCCACAGGGAAAGUUGACAGGGUGGGUUAGGUAAAAGGGCUCACAGUAAUUGGCAUAUGCUGUUGUGGUGACCCUGCCCUAGUUGGCAAAGCUAAAUAAAUAAAUAAAAAUAUGCAGAUCAAUCGGAAAGCAACCCUUUACUUAUUUCAUUCCUCACUACCGUAGAAGCAAACGACGAUCAGUGAGGUGGCUAGUUCGCUGUACGAUGCUGUGUAUCAGUAUGCCCUGGCGUUAGAUCGACUGCACAAGAGAAAUAUGAACGUGACAGCCAAGGCUGUCGUCGAAGAAUUACGAAGUUACCCUUAUAUUGGUAAGUUAGUGGUAAAAUUUUAUUAUUUUUAGAAAGUUGGCCAUCUACACACAUAAAACAAGAUGUCAACAAGAUGUGUUCGGAACAAGCUUAUACCAAACAUGUCAACAAGUUGUAACAAUGCUGUUAUUUUGUCAAGUUGCUACAAGGUUGUCACUCACAACUUGUUGACAAAUUCAUGAAUUGCAGAACGAUAACAGUCCGUUGACAACUUGUCAACAGGCUGGGAACAAGCAGUGCGAACACAUCCUGUUGACAAGUUGUUUGAACAACAUUGCUACAAGUCUGCUGCAGGUUUGUUACGACUUGUGCGUUUUUACGAAUUUUUACGUGUGUUGUUGCCGACCCAAUGAACUGCGCAGAUAAAAACGCGCAAAUUGUUAUAGAUCUGUAAACAAGUUGUAACAAGGUUGUUGUCAAGCAGAUAUCAGGAUGGAUUCGCUUUUUCCCAGUCUAGACAAACAUUUCACCACAGCUUGAAAGAGCAUCACAAAAUUAGUAUUAUUCCGAAGUUUCGUUGCGAAAUGUUGUAAAAUGCGGAUAAUAUAGCACUGCGAAGUUUGCGGUUUUUCAGUCAUUUUGUAUUACGCACGGGAAAUUGAUACCGCUUUCUGAAAAAGGGUAUCAAUUUCCCGUGCGUAAUACAAACUGACUGAAAAAUGGCAAACUUCGCAGGGCUAUAUUAUCCGCAAUUUUCAACAUUUCGCAACGACACUUCGGAAUACUACUAAUUUUGUGAUAGACUUGUCUAGAUCAAAAUUUUGUUCAUUAGGGAAUAGGCCCAUUAACAUGUUUCACACUGUUUACAUGGCUAUAGGAAUUGGUGGCUUUCCCUCGGUGUUCACAAAAGAUACUGGUACUCUUAAAAUUCAUCUAAGUUUACAGCAGUUAACUGUUGAUAUCACAAGAAAGAGCAUGAGAGAAAGUAAGUAACAUUAGCAGUAACAUCAUCAAUUAAGUUCUGCACAUGAAAAAUGGCCUUCUGAAACUGGUCUGACUAUUGCUAAAUUAUUUUUUCUAGCGACGGUGAAGACGAUAGGAAACUUUAACUACAGUCGAGACAGUGGCGUCAAACUAAAAAUUUUUGAACAAAUUUUAUGGCCGUGGGGAACUGAGCAUCCGACCGAUCAGUUGACGUGCGUGGAUGAUGGCUAUAAUUGUCCUGAAGAUGAAACGAAUGGUAGGUCUCCCCCCCCUUCCCCGAAUCAAGCUCAUGUUGUAGAAGGCUAUAGAUUUUUCGGGGGGGGGGUGCCCUUUUCCAUACCACCGUGUUGGAGUAUACUGAGCACCCAACUAAUGUCCAAAAGCGAAGGUGAAUGGUAGGUCUCCCCCCCUUCCCCGAAUCAAGCUCAUGUUGUAGAGGGCUAUAUAUUUUUCGGGGGGGGGGGGUGCCGUUUUCCAUACCACCGUGUUGGAGUAUACUGAGCACCCAACUAAUGUCCAAGAGCGAAGGUGAAUGGUAGCUCUCUGUCUCAUCUUAUUGAUAUUUCCGGGGGGUACACCCUUUCCUCUACAGUAAAUUAUGGUAGGUUUGACCACCACCACCACCACCUGGAUUAAAGCUCAUCUGGUAGAAUGGUGCACUUUUUUAGGAGGGGGGGGGGGGGUCCUUUCAACACCACUGUUCACUGACAGACUGUCAAACUAACAGACUAAUAAACUCACACAGCGAAUAUAAAGCCUGGUUGACACUAUCAAAGUUUCUGUGAUCACAGUAGGAAUUUUGCAUGGGUAAAUUCUAAGUUUUGAAGGAUUUGUAAGAAAUGUUUGAGGAAACUGACUCGUUGUUUAACACUGAUCACAGAACCUUUGACAGUUUAAACCAGGCUCAAAGCAAUGGCCAACUUCAUUUGGGUGGCCAGUGCAUUUUUUAAGGAUUCUUCAGUGGUGGGGCAAAACUGCCAAAAGGCCCACUUUCUUUGCCCUCUCCCCAGGAUAGUAUGCGAUCUCCGGAGGUGUAAGCAGAGUACCGCAGGCACGAGUUAACUAGAGGGUCGCAUCCCCCAGGAAAUUUUUAAAAUUUGGGUCUCUGAAAUAGAAUUUCCUGCAUUCUGAGUAUACAUUUAAAAAAAAUCUCGGCUUCUCAAAACAAAGUUUUAAUGGUGAAAUUUGUAAUAAAUUGCAUGCUAAACAUUCAAACACAACAUAAGUUUAAGUAUGCUCGCCAACAAAUUUUGUUUUUAAACUUCUUUUCAAUGUUAAACUCAGUUACUCAAUACAGGUCCUGGGGGCCCUGGCUUUGGGGCAAUAGGCUAUAUUUUUUCUUCAGUGGUGGGGCAGAGGAAGGGGCCCAGUGGGGCAAAUGCCCCACCAGUCCAUGGUAUUAAAAAAUGCCUUGUGGGCGGCACAGUUUCUGAUUGAUGAUGAAUGAUUUAUUUUUCAUUCAAACUUUAGUCACGCAAUCUAUUAUUAUACCAACUACGAUUUCCGUUGUCUUCGUGGUCAUUUUCGUCGUUUUGAUCGCUUUAUUUGUCAGGUAAGAUGGUUUUUAUUUCAUCAAGCCAGCGAUAAAGCGUUAAUAGAGGGCGUGAAAGGGGCGGUUACCAAAUUCUAGUUUCCAGUCUAAUUUUGGACCAAGUCCCAGUUACGAAAUGUGAAAUCCCAUCCAUAGAGGAUAUUUAAAAAAUAAUGCAUGCCAUUAAUGAGUUGAAAAUGAUGAUCUCAUUCCAUGGACAACAAACAGCUGAGCAUGAAAACAUGAUGUGGCUAGGCUUGCUCGCGGCAAGAAGGCGAGAUCAGGCGAAAAAUGUGUUUAGAUGUGUUUUCUGAUGCGUUUUUUAGUGAUUUGAAAAAUAGGAUUAUUAAAGGACUUUAAGCUGUUGUAUCGAAUAAUAGAGUCAAAGACCACUCAAGAAGAGAAAUUCCAUUUUUUAUCCUUUUUCCAGUGGUUAAAUCCCAUAGUUCCAGUGCAGUAAAUCCAACUUUCCCAGUCCAAAAAGGACAUAUUCCAUUGGCAGAUAAAUUCCAUUCAUUGCAGAUUGUUUGACAUUAUUCUGCAUUUUUUUACAGGCAGUGGAAACGUGAACGAAUUCUGAAACGAUCAGUUUGGCAAGUUGAUAUCAGCGAAGUAAUAUUUGACAGGAAAAUUUCAACGGAUUCGAAAUUUUCAGACGAUAGCGGGGUAGGUAGACUAUCGAGCCUCUCCAUCUCAGUUUUUUAAUAGCAGUAAAAAAAGUAGAAUUAGUUUGCAUAAGAAGAAAAUACAGUGAUAAUAUAUAGGCCUACCUUCUCCCACCGAGUUAAGCUCCAUACACAGACGGACAACGUUUCCUUGACAGGUUUUAUUUGCUCGUGUGUAAGGCAAAAAAUGGACAAUUUUUCCUUGCCAAAGAGCCUCGUUUCAAUGCUAUCCAUGCCAGCUUUUGGACAAGGGAAACUUCGUGUAUACGGCCGUCAAGGAAAAAUUGACAAGUGAACAAGAAAUACUUUAUGGUUUUGGCAAACAAACUUAGGCGGCCUUGACGUGAGAUAAAUGUUGAACAACAUUCUGUGCACAUGAACAACAAAACUUGUCAAGGAAAACUUGUUGACCGUACACACGAGAAAGUAAAUUUGUCAGGGAAACUUAAGAAUUACCGAGGACAUACCUGAAACCAGGGAUAGUUAAAAACAUGCGUGAUCAUCACUUUCCUAUCCAGUGUUUUUGUGAUCCAUGCUGAAACAAUGAUUUUAUGAAACCAUGAUAUUUGAGCAUAGUUAAUAGAAUAGAUGGUUUGGAAAUUCAUUCGAAUAACAAUAUAACUCAUUAUCGAUGUUUAUAGUCAACGUUUAUUCAUACAUAUGGUCCUUCACCGUCACGUGUGUAUUGUAUUUUUGCCAAAUCCACCAAUAGCAAUUUCCAGUUUACCCUAUUGUUCGAGUCACGGAUAGGUAACUUUCCUAAAACAUUGCUAUUAUUGGUUAGUUGGGCAAAAAUACAAUACGCACGUGACGGUGAAGAAACAUAUUUAUGAAUAAACGUUGACUAACAUAGAUAAUGAGUUAUAUUGUUAUUAUUCUAAUGCGUUUUCAAACCAUCUAUUCUAUUAACUAUGAUUUGAGGUAGUUUGAAUGUUGAAACACGAGUCACGAGGUCAGGCCUGUAAACAAGUUUGACUGAAACCAACUUCAAUACAGCACUUCAUUUUAAUGCGUAUAAUGGUAAAAUCCAUAAUACUUAAUCCAGUGUAAGGGAUUACAAGCCUCAGUUAGAUUUUAUUUAGGUACAGGUAAGUCUUGAAUUUUAGUUCUUUGACAGUUGAAACACGGCUGUAAUCUGGCCAUUGUGUGAGCAUAUAGUACAGGCUUGGCUAGCUAAACAAGCUAGACCAAUAUUUCAAAUGUUAAAAUCCACCCUGCUCAUGAAACCUAAAUGUUCUUCCCCAAUUUAGAUCCGAUCAUCUAUGCAGGACAUGGAGUCUUUACUUGACGAUACUAAGGUUGGAAAUCAUGUUGAAUGUACAAAAAUAAGCCUGGUCUUACACUAUCAAAGUUUCUGUGAUCACAGUAGGAAUUUUGCAUGGGUAAAUUCUAAGUUGUGACGGAUUUGUAAGAAAUGUUUGAGG